AACAAAGUGACGACCAGAGCAGAGCAACGGUCAAUCUUCAAUCUCUCCUGAGCUGUUUUUCUUGCAAGUCUCCAUUUGGGGAGACUUAAAGGAGUAUUAACUCACCAUGCCUCUAAAUGAUGAGAGACCUGGCUCCAUGUCUGCCAGUGGUGAGGACCACUGCAGCGAUGUGGAGUCCUCCUCAGAGCACUGUGACAGUAUCACAUCUGCAAGUGACCUGGACUGCUCCCAGGAGGGCUUUGCAAGCAAUAACUCCAGCAAACAUUGCACACCGUCCUCUAGCCCACCCAAAGCACUCACCUUGGAUGAAGUCAUGGAUUCUGCCAGAGAACUUUCAAACCUGACUCUUGCUCAUGAGAUUAUUGUGAAUCCAAACUUUCACUUUGAACCUUACAGCCCACCACAGGAUAGUUUAUUUAAGUUGGUUAAAGAUAAUCUCCACAAAGCAUUCUGGGAUAUCCUGGAGGCUGAGCUCAAUGAUGAUCCACCUGAGUAUGGACAAGCCAUUAGACUUCUGGAGGAAAUCAGAGAGAUAAUGUUGUCAGUCCUCUACCCUGGUGCCAGUCGUAUGCGGACCCAGAUUAUGGAGGUGCUGGAUAUUGACCUAAUUCGUAAGCAGGUGGAUAAUGAUGUCAUAGACAUACAGGGGAUUACAUCAUACAUUAUUACUACCAUGGGCAAACUAUGUGCACCAUUAAGGGAUGAAGAAAUCAAGAAGCUUCGACAAAACACAGACAACAUAGUGACACUUUUCAGGGAGAUCUUCCGUGUGCUGGACCUUAUGAAAGCUGAUAUGGUAAACUUGGAAUUAAAUGUUAUACGGCCUGUGCUACUCAGACAAGGUGUUGAAUAUGAAAGGGGACGCUUCCAAAACAUUUUGGACAAAAUACCCAAUGCACUAGAUAACACCACCAAGUGGAUCAAAUGUGCACUGGAGGAGUUGCAGUCUGCUGUCAGCUCCACUGAAGUGAAGCAAACAGCUGUGCCUGGGCCUUUCCAGGUCCUAAACACUGCCUUCCUCCAUCUCCUCACAUGGGACUACACCAAGAACACACUACCAGAGACCUUGAUGACAGAUGAGGGACGUCUACAACAGAUUCAGGAGCAUUUACAGCAGUGUCAGGCAGUCAAUGAAGUACUGCUUAUUGUUUACAGUACAAUUGGAGGACCUAUUCAGGACCUGCCCACUCUGUCCGAGCGUCUAAAGAGGAUGACUAACGUUCUACUGGAUGGAAUGCACAGACCUGACUUUAACCUUGAGGAGACGCUACAGGGCAUAAGUGCACAAAUCUGCUGUGAAUUAAACAAGUCUCUAACAGAGAGAGGUUACUCACCAUUGACCCCAACAUUGCAAGCCACUCUUACAGGACAGAUAUGCAGCAUCACCCAGAAGGAUAAUCCCAUCCGCACACUAGUUGAGGAUCGUUUCCAACAGUACUUCAAAAUGCUCAUCUGUGAUGCAAAGCCUCAAGGGAAACUUGAACAAGUACCAGCUGGUCUGACCAUCAUCAAAUAUGACCUAAUGCCAGUGGCAGCUCAGUUCUUGUCUUUGGUUAACUACAAUAAGACUGUCUAUGGACCUUAUUACGCCGAUAUCAUCAGGAGGCUCAUGUUCAACAAUGCUCCAUCUGAAGAAAGGCCAUCUCACAGUGCAGCUCAGGAAACAGCUGUGUCAAAAUAAACUUCUGAUCGCAAUUAAA